UGGUAUCCUUACUCCAUCCCUCGCUAUUAAUUCCCAUAGUCAAUUCAACUAGUUGACUAGUCUCCUGAUUUCGGUUUCUCUGUGGAGCCAAUUCGUCGGUCGUCUCCCAAGGCAGGUCCUUUGUGUGCGAGCCGUAUAAUUCCUACUGUUCACCGUCUUUGUUCCUCCCAUUAUUCUCUACUACACACUAUCGUGCAUCGCCUCCAGCAACCAUGUCGGAAGAAGCAGGACACCAGGAGCAGCCUCCUAUCGCGCCGGUCCAAACUGCAAAGAAUGAACCCUCCGCCAAUGUACAAGAGAAAACAUUCCGGCCCGGCCGCUUAACGCCACGCCCCAGCUUCCUGGAAAAUCUCGCCAAUUCCCGUGACAGACAAUUCAUGCUUGACCGACGCAAUUCGAGUGAACUCAAUCGAUAUUUUCAUGGCCCCCGUGAUCUCGACAGACACUCCAAAUGGCCCCUCGCCUUCCGGAUGCACGGCAGUAUCAUGCCCAAAAUGAUCCUUCCCCUGUUUCUGGUUGCCCUGUGGGCUACUGCUAUCACCUGCAUCUCCCGUUUCGUACAUUCUCUUGGCAUCAAUAGUAUUCUGCUUACAAUCACCGGUUUCGUGGUCAGUUUGGCGCUUUCAUUCCGCAGUUCUACCGCCUAUGAGAGAUGGGCGGACGGACGCAAAUACUGGGCACUGCUGAUCCAGACCUCCCGCAACCUCGCACGGACAAUCUGGGUAAACACAGCUGAGCGCGAGGGAGAACUAGGAAAAGAGGAUCUGCUGGCGAAGCUGACGGCCUUCAACCUCAUCCUUGCCUUUGCCGUCGCCCUCAAACAUAAGCUGCGUUUCGAGCCUGAUGUCGGCUACGAAGAUCUGGCAGGCCUGAUUGGUCACCUUGACACCUUCGCCAAAGAGGCACACGACCGUCAAGUCCUGCAGCCCCCGAAGAAGUCUGUCUGGAAGGAGAUCGGCGAAUCUCUGGGAGUUUCGUUUGCAGAGUCCAACCCACGCAAGCUCAUCAAGCGGUCCAAGAAGCCUUUGGGACACCUGCCGCUGGAGAUCCUGAACCACCUGUCCGCCUACAUCGACCGCUGCAUUGGCAACGGAACCUUGACCUGCGGUCUUCACCAAAGUCAAGCCAUCAACGGUAUCUCUAGCUUGAACGAAUGUCUUACCGGAACGGAGCGUGUCCUCGAUACCCCUCUUCCCGCCGCAUACACCAUCUCUAUCGCCCAGAUCUCCUGGAUCUAUGUCAUGGUUCUUCCCUUCCAGAUGUACAACUACCUGGGCUGGAUCACCAUUCCCGGCUCUAUUGUCGCCGCAUACAUCAUCCUCGGCCUUGCCUUCAUCGGCAGCGAAAUCGAGAACCCCUUCGGACACGACGUCAAUGAUCUGCCCCUGGAGACCUACUGCCGCCAACUCGCCAACGAGCUCGACAUCAUCUCCGCCAUGCCCCCGCCCAAGUUGGACGAGUUUGGUGUCCGCGAGGAUAACUUUGUGCUCUUCCCUCUGAGCACCUCCGGCUACAACGAGUGGAAGGAACGCUCCGUCGACGAGAUCCGCGCCGCCCUGCGGUCGAAAGUCGUCGCCAACACGGACCCAGCAGGGUCGGAGACGACGACCAUGGUCGGAAGUAUGAGCAGCAAGCAGUCGUCGGUUUGAGAGUUGUCGUGACCGUGCAAGAUUAUGAUAGAAGAAUUUGAAAUUUGGGGGGAUAAUGUGCAUCCGUCACUGCAAUGAGGGGUGACCAAAAUUUGGAAUCGGGCGUCUUCGUUUUUUCGAGCAUGCGAGUCUGGUGU